AUGGAGGAGCAACCAUUGAAUCCUGUCAAAAAUGCAGCGAUCUCGAAAGAUGUCAUAAAAUCACACAACGUCGGUCACUACGUUUUGCUGUAUGAUAAUUCUCAAACAAGUACUGUUGGUCUUCGAUUUGUAAAUAAUACAUUGUACAAGAACGGUUCCCAAAGUGGAUUUGAUCAGAAAAAUAACCUAUGUCCUGCUGUGGCUGCCACCGGAAAUAUUUCACAAGUUCAUUGUGAUGAACUUCUUCCUUUUGUCUGCCGACUGUCCAUAACAGUUGUGUUCCGGCCGUUCGUCAAGCUACCACCUCAAAGAGCUAUAUCAGUGUCUUGCCCGCCUGAAUGGAUUAAAGACGAUGAGAUGUGUUACAUGUACAAAGGAGGCUCCUUCACUUUCACCGAUGCCGAGAAAUAUUGUGGGAGUUAUGGUGGAAAUCUCGUCACCAUGCUCUCAAACGAAGACAAACGACUCAUAAAGCAUCUUCGACAGAAAGAAUCCUUGGUUCAUUCAGGCGUGUUGCCUUCCCUGUGGACCAUAAGCAGGCGCUUUUUAAGAGAGUCCCAUAGUGGAUAUGAUCAGGAAAAUAAAGUAUGUCCUGUUGUGGCUGCUACCGGAAAUAUUUCACAGGUUCAUUGUGAUGAAUUUCUGCCUUUUGUCUGCGUGCGAAGGCCAGUUAUCCACUGCCCGAACAGCUGUUUCCAUAAUGGGGACUGCAUAGGUGCCACGUGUUUCUGUUACCCCGGAUGGACUGGAGACGACUGUUCCAAGUUUCACUGCCACGACUUGCAUAACUGUUCUGGUAAAGGUGACUGCAUGGGUCCCAAUGCCUGCAGAUGUUACCCCGGAUAUUUAGGUCUUGGCUGCACUUACUCCUUCUGUGGAAAGUACGAAAAUUGUGCUGAUUGCGUGACAGACCCAUUUUGUGGAUGGUGUGACAGUUCACGCUCCUGCCUCGGAGGUUUUGCCGCGGGGCCUCCAGGAAUAAGUUGUCCCGCUUGGUUUUACUACCACUGUUAUACAGUAGGAGACGGACGUUGUUCACGAGAUAUAAUGAGGGUGAAUUGUAGAGGUAGGCAUUGCAACUUCAAAGAUGGAGGAGCGACCAUUGAAUCUUGUCAAAAAUGCAGCGAUCUCGAAGGAUGUCACAAAAUCACAGACGACAACCAGUGCAGGUCGUGGAAUGAGACUAAGUGUCCAGGCGGGAAAAUUAAAGUGAAUUAUACAGAUCCCCAGAGAAGAAAUAAUGUGGAGUUUGCUAAAAACGUGAAGUUUGUGGAGCCUAACGAGACUCUCGUUUACGCAUGUCCAGUAAUUUUGCCAAAUCAGGAGAAGGUGUCGCUAGUUUUAGUUGCACCAAAAGUCCUAAAAUUUCAUAAGGGUGAUAUACUUUGUAGUCCUCAGGCAGGAGGUAUUAUGCAUAAGAUUGUCAAAGAAAUCAGCGAUGGUCCUUUUCAAUUGAUGUUGAGCGCCCCAGCAGGGUUAGAAGAGGUUAUCAAGUAUGCAGACUUUAAAGACGAAGUAACUGCGGUGCAAGUAGACGACGACUCGACGUUUGAGGAUGAGCCCAAUGAAGAUGACCUGCGGGACGUUAUUACAGGCAACAUUACGUUCGAUGAGGGUCGGGUAAUUGCGCUUUCAAAUGAGAUAUACAAGUGCCUUGGUCACACAUACGACACUGGAAAAAUCAUUGUCCACUCGUUUUACUUGGUAAUAGAAAAGAACAAUACCAUCCCAAAGAAAGGUGACAUAGUUGUGUCCAAUACUAGUGAUGGUUUUAUCGAGACUGUUGUUAAAGUUCAUAGAACGAACAACACCCAUUACUUGGAAACGAAAUUUCAGAGAUGUGAGGCAAACUCUCAUUGGAAAGGCACAAGACUACAGGAAAGUAAAACAAGGCUUUCUGGGUCAGUAUCCUGCAGCGGAGGGGAUAACAACGAAGGCCUUCUUCUGUCAAAACCAGAGGAUGGAGAUCGGCAUUUUUUUGUCAAUGACUCAAUUAUUGGAAGACCAAGUGGAGCCUUCAUUGCAAAGGUUGUAGAAGUCUACUCCAGCGGAAAUUUUCUUCUGGUGGAAGUAAUUUCUGCCAAAUUGGACGGAAAUGGAACCAUUACUACAGCUGUAGAUAUAAACAUACUGAAACGCCACAACAGACGAAGUAGGCGGUCGACGAGAUUCGAUUUCGAAUUGGCAAGUUUCAAACCCGACAGCAUACAUCACAAGUUGUUGUCAACGGAGAACGCCAAGCUACAAGUCUCUUUGGAAAUGUUUUUCGAAUUGACUAUGUUUCUUGAGAUAGAACCAAAGUGGUAUGGCGGAAUAGAGGAUGCGGCUGUUGGUCUGGAGUUAGAGGGAAAAUUAGAUUUCUCUCUGACAUUUGAAGUUGAUGGGGAGUUGAGAUAUAAAAAAGACCUAAACAUCAUGAAAGAAAAACAGCUCGGUCGUUCAAUUUACAUUCCCGUUGGGCCAAUUAAAAUCCCUGCCGGUAUCUUCUUGGAAAUAACAGGACAUGCAUCUGCUGGAUUAUCUGGAAAAAUUUCUCGUGCAUUAUCAGUCAAUGGAAGGGUCUCUCUUGGAGGCGAAUGCCGUUGGAGCGGUGGUAGUUGCUACAAAACUGCUGAUACUGUUACUCUUAGCAAAGACUGGAGAAGCUCAGAUACGCAAUUGGAAGCUGGAGCAUUCGUCAAGAUUACAGUGAUACCCAAAAUCUCAGUGAAACUGCCAGCGUCUUCAAAAUCGGGAUCAAAAUCAAUCAAGUCAUCCUUUUUUAGUUUUUUCGACGAUUUAGUUGAAGCUGGUUUUGAGUAUGUUGACCUUUCCAUGGCGGUAUUUGUGAGCGUACCACUAGAAGCUGGUCUGGCCAUACGGCUUCCUACGUCUCAUUGCAGUGGGAACAAACCCGCUGAAUUGGAAAGCCUCUACGGAAUUUCCGGUGUAAAUCUCGGUGUCUCGGUUGGAUUCCUUAAAAAACAUUUGACACUUGAACUUCCUUUGGGAUAUUCUCAGAGUAAACGCUAUUGGGAUUGUAUAUGUCCAGUCAAAAUUGAGAGAUUAUGUGUGGGACCUCCACCACCGCGACCGAGACCACCCGAGAAUGAAAAUCCAAAACCUGGGAAUGGCAAUCCAACACCUGAGAAUGGCAAUCCAAAACCUGGGAAUGGCAAUCCAACACCUGCUCCACCACCGCGACCGAGACCACCCGAGAAUAGAGAUCCAAAACCUGGGAAUGGCAAUCCAACAUCUGAGAAUGGAAAUCCAAAACCUGGGAAUGGCAAUCCAACACCUGGAAAUGGAAAUCCAACUCCUGGGAAUGGAAAUCCAACACCUGGGAAUGGCAAUCAAUCACCGAAAAAUAAGAAUGGAUAUAAAGUACUUCCAAGUGGAAAGACCGGAAAAUUUCAAUGCGGAAAAGGACCUAUCUGUUCUGGGGAACGAACAGGCCCUGACUGCGAUCAGCCACAUAGAGGGCUUCUUCGGAACUGUUCAGGUAACGGAGAUCCUAUCAUAGCCCCAAAGUGUGAAGCGGAGUGUAACUGUUCAGGAGGAUGGGAGGGAGAAUUUUGUGAGCGCUUAAUUGCAAAUGGUGGAGGUGACCCACAUCUCGAAACAUUAGAUGGUGUGAAUUUUGACUUUUUUGGAAUUGGAGAGUUCUGGGGUUGCAAGAGUGUUAAAAACGAUUUUGGUCUUCAAUUUCGUUUUUAUUAUUACGAGCGAGCUUCGCUUAUUGGUGGAAUUGCACUCAAAGCUGGGAGAAGUGUUGUUACGAUUAUGACGAUCAAGACUGAAAGAGUUCAAGACUUGCCCAUUACAAGAAUCGAUGGAGUGGAAAUGAAUGCCACCAGUAAUUUGUCAGAACCUAUUGAAAUAAGUAAUGGCACAGUGUUAUUGGAUCAUCAAAGACGUUUUUCUUUUGAGGCUGAGGAGAACAGCGUCGUUUUAAUUUCACUUCAGUAUGACGCAGGCGUAACAGUAACCAUCGACGUUCGUCAUAGUCGAGUUAUGAAGAGACAAUAUUUGAAUAUUCUUUAUUCGCCAACUGCUGCUUACAAAGGUCACACUGAAGGACUGUGUGGCUUCAUGGAUAACAAUGCCACUAACGAUUUCAUGGGAACCGACGGAACUCUUUAUGAUGACGCCGUUCAAUUUGCCGAAUCAUGGAGGAUCACGGAUUGUCACGAUGGCUCAGGCACAAGGGACUCUUGGUCAUGGAACUCAUCAAACUUUUAUCACGAUGACAUAAUGGAUAUAACGUACACAGAUCCCACAUACAUACCUAUGUAUUCACUGGACGGAAUUUCUCAGUCUCUACUACAGAUUGCAACAAGCAUGUGUAAAUCCUUGAACAUUUCUGACAACGAUUUACAAAGCUGCAUAUUCGAUGUCGCCAUAACCAAUGACACGACAUUUACUGAUCAGGAAACUUUUAAACGAGACUGUCCAGACCAAUGCUCAGGUAAAGGGAGAUGUAUCAAUGGAACAUGUAAAUGUAUCGAAGGUUGGACAGGGAAGAGUUGUGACAAAGGUUCUUGUUUGAACUGUUCAACCAUUCAUGGCAAGUGUGUUAGAGGAUUUUGUGUUUGUGACCUGGGCUGGGAAGGACGAAGCUGUGAAAUUGAAGCCACUUGCUUCGGAGUUAACAACUGUACCAGCCCUAAACACGGCAGUUGUAAAACGACAGAUUUUUGCCAGUGUAAUCCCGGCUACAUAGGUGUUAACUGCAGUAUUGUUCCUACUUGUUACGAUGUAUCAAACUGUUCUGGCAAUGGAAUCUGUAUGGAUUUCGAUGUAUGCAAAUGUAAUACGGGAUGGACUGGAAGAAAUUGUGCUCAAUACUCUUGCGAACGAUUGAAUUAUUGCUCUGAACACGGUAGCUGCGUGGCAUUUGACAAAUGCACCUGUGAUUAUGGCUGGACCGGAGUAAGCUGCGCCCUUCCUGACUGUGAAGCUGUCAAUCAAUGUUCAAAUAAAGGAGAGUGCAUUUCCAGCGACAAGUGUCGCUGCCUUCCGGGGUUUAUUGGAGCGGAUUGUGGUCAGAUGGCGGACUGCAGUCAUCUUGCAAACUGCAGUGGCCAAGGUGUUUGCGUUUCUACCGAGAUGCUGAAUGUGUCGUGCAGUUGCUACCUUGGUUUUACUGGCGAUAACUGCAGUCAGCCCACUUGCACCACCGUGAAUAAUUGUUCUGCCCAUGGUACGUGCGUGGAAGCCGAGUUCUGCAAAUGUGACUUUGGAUACAUUGGAACUGACUGCAGUAACUUUUCUUGUGAGGCUGUCAACUAUUGCUCCGGAAAUGGAAAAUGUGUUGGCUACGACCUUUGCCUCUGUAAUUCCUCCUGGUCAGGACGCGCAUGCAGUGUUCCUGAUUGCAGUGCUGUAAAAAAUUGUUCUGGCCAAGGAGAUUGUAUCCUACCCAACGUUUGUUCUUGUUAUCCAGCCUUCGAUGGCGAAUACUGCGACCAGAAAGCAAAACCAAACAUCAAUCCUCCAAGAUUUAACCAAACAUUUUAUAACGCGGCCAUUAUGGAAAAUUCUCCUGUAGGAACAGUGAUUUUACAAGUAAAAGCCAACGAUACAGAUUCAGGAAGAAACGGUCAGAUAUUUUAUGCCAUACUUGGUGAUGAUAAAGUAGAAAGUAUUCUUACCGUUGGUGGACAAUCUGGAAAGGUAUACAACGCAAAGACGCUGGAUUUUGAGACAAUCGAGAUGAAAUCAUUCAAUGUGACCAUGGUUGCUGCAGAUAAUGGAUAUCCACAGAAAUCUGGAAUCGCUACUGUACAGAUAACAAUAGUGGAUGAAAAUGACAAUUGUCCAACCUUUAUCGAACCACCAGGAGAUCUAAAUCUAGAAUUCCUUGCACUCGUUCCCGGAGAAACCGUAACCAAAGUUUCUGCAAUUGACUUGGAUAGUGGAGUAAACAGCGAC